UUCUGGAUAUCCUUGUUUUCUAAGGACCGAUUCCAUUGCGUUAUACCCUCAGGACUUCUGGUCACAUCUCUGGUUUGGAAUGGAAAUUGUGCAUUGAGAUAUUAAGAAGGGGUUGAGUGAGUUAGACGUUUACCUACUGACACUGCAGGAUGAAGCUCAGGCGUGGGGCGAGAGGGGCACUGCUGGCCUUGCUGCUGAGUUUACUGCUGACCGCCUGCACCACACAAGAGAGUGAGGAGAGUCUGGAGCUCCAGGAGGUGGACAACACAGUCAGCACUGAGAGCCCUGAGACUGUAUCCUCUGACAUAACCAUCGUGAGCCCCCACAGGACAUGGAAAGUCUUUAGGGACAACUCCAACAAGGGUGGAAAUAAGAAACCAAAAGGAAAUAAAAAACUCUCCAAGCAUGGCCUUCCAGGUCCACCAGGCCCUCCUGGUCCCCAGGGGCCUCCUGGUCCUCCAGGCCCCCUACUGCCUCAUCAUGCAGAGUUGAUACAGGACUUCCAAGUCAAACUGAAAGAGAUGGUAGGAACUCACUGUUUGCUCUGCGAUCAACCUCCUCGUGUGGCCACGGCUUUCCGUUGCCGACUGCACCACAACCUGCUGGUCCACCGUCGCAGUCUGCAGGAGCUCCAGCCCUUCAACACUCCCUCAAACACAGAGCAGUUCCAUCAGAGAGGACAGGGCUUUAACGCCAGCAGUGGCCGCUACACGGCUCCAGUGUCUGGGUUCUAUCAGCUCACAGCUAGUCUGCUACUCGAAUCCAAUGAGUCUCAGAAGAAGCCUAAUGCCAGGCAGAGAGACAGUGUCAAGACCUCCAUAUGCAUAGAGUCUCUUUGUCAGAGUAAUGUGUCUCUCGAGACUGUGACUGGAGUGAGCGCCACAGGAGGAGUAUUCAGUAUUCUCUUGACCGGUACUCUUUACCUACAGGCUGGAGAGUAUGUGUCUAUUCUCAUUGACAAUGGGACAGGCUCAGCCCUCACAAUUCUCCAAGACAGUCUGUUUUCUGGCAUCCUUUUUGGAAUAUGAGGACACCAACGAAGCACAAACCAAUAAAAAACAGGUUUCACUGUGCUGACAAAAUACACAUCUUCAUUAGAUGAGGUAUUCAGGACAUAUUAUAAUAAUAAUAAUUACAUAAUGAGCAUCUAAAAGAUACUCUGUGUAUAAGGAUCUUUACCAUUGUUGGAAAUAGCAGCAGGGUUGCACUGCUGCAUUUCUUUCCAAAAUAAUAGCAACUCUAAACUGUUCAUAGAGGUGUAUGUAUUUUUUUCAUGUGGUAUGUUUAUGCAUUCCAUUCUUAAUAGGGUUGAAGUUUUAUUUAUUUGCAUUUGCUUUUUGAAACAAUAUUGAUAUUUGUGUAUAUUUGCAAUAAAUACUUCUAUAACUGCUUAAA